UUACAAUAAUUAACAAUGCUGAGAAGUGUAACAUGUCGAUGCAAAAGCGUUUUUGUUGUGACGACGAAACCGGCGAGAUUAUAACGUACGUUGUCAAUGACGAGACCGGCGAGCCGACGCCGUCUGCGUGCCCCGCAGUACCCGGCCCGCGCGCGGCGGCCGCGCCUCCGCCCGAGACCAUCAAGUUUCCUAAGGGCUAUAUGAGUGAGACCAAGAAAUUCCAAAUGUUGAAAGAGAACAUAAUCAGAGGUUCAAAUGUGUUUAGUCCGAGGUUGCUCCUGAUACCUAUGGCCGCGGUGUGGCCGGCGCUUCUGGUCAUGUUCCUGAUGAUUGCUGAGGUGUUCAUACACAUCUGCUGCCACAAACAGAACAAGUCCCUGAAGGACCCUAGUCUGUACUACCGUAGCCCAUUGCAUAUGUUGACGAGUAUUUUCUGUGGAGAGUGCCGGGAGAGUGAGAUGUCGUCCAAGAUUGGGCAAAUGCAGGACCAGAGGAGGUUCCGCUAUGGAUACUUUAAAGGGAUGGCUAUAUAAGUACAAUUGCUCUCUUAUGUAUUUUUAUGAUACAAAUGGGAUAUGCUUGAAAAGCUAAG